AUGAGGGUGAAGAAGAGGCAGCAGGCGAUCGUGGGCUUCCUGGAGGCGAACCGGAUCUCGUUUGAGGAAGUAGACAUCACCAUGCUGGAGGACGAGAGGCAGUGGAUGUACCGGAACAUUCCGCAGGAAAAGCACCCUGAGAAGGGCAACCCACUGCCCCCGCAGAUCUUUAACGGACAGGAGUACUGUGGGGAUCAUGAGGAUUUCUUCCAGUCGAAGGAGAAUAACACUGUGUUUUCAUUCCUGGGACUCAACUCCCACCCCUCAGUGAAGGAAGAAUUAACCAGUUAAUUUGAUCUUGCCCAAGUGCCCCUGUUCUUGAGACACACAUGCAUAAGGGAGAUGAUGGGGAAGUGAAUUAGCAGAACCAUCUAGAAAGGACAAGUGGAAGUAGGUUUCAGGCUCAUGUAAGUGAUUUCACAUUUGUCUCCUUGGCAUUUGUCAUGAUAGACUCCCCAAACAAAAAUGUUGUCGGUCUUCUUUAUGUGAUAGUGAUUGACUACACAAAUAAAAAUCUUCAUUCAUAUCAUUCAAUGUAUUCCUUGUUGCAACUAAGUAUCUACACCUAAAACACAGUAAAGCAUUUUGUUGCAAGUUUGUUUGAGAAUGUUGUUGAAUUUAUUUCAACUGUGCCUUAAUAUAAUAGUGCAUAUCGUUGCUUUAAGUUAUUAAAGGAGUUGAAGGAGACAGUAUAGCAAACAUACACUGCGUGUUGUUUGUUUAUCUUGUGAUUCGGCGGCUACAAGGCUGUCUGUCUGUGCGGUUGUGUGGUUGAGUUUCACUUCACUUAUCCACCUGUUUGUUUGUUUGUUUUUUUGUUCUACAGGAAUCUGAAUCGUAAGCGUUGCCAUGGAAGAGUGUGUGGAUAGAAUUGUGCCGCAUCACUUCCUGUUUCGGGGGAUCUCACCCAGACCACACUGAAGCCUUGCCAAAUGAUGAUGCUGUCCACACACGCAGAAACAUACUGUACACACACACACACACACACACACACACACACACACACAUGCAUGUUUACGCACAGACACACACACAGACACACACACACGCACGCACACACACACACACACACACACACACACACACACACACACACACACACACACACACACACACACACACACACACACACACACACACAGAAAACUGCGGCAACAGAGGAGUUUGGCCAUGAACAAUAGACACUUAUUUUUUUUCUCUUUUGUAUGACUUAUACUUGUGACCGAUGGGAUGUAGCUGAUAUUAUCUAUGCUUAAAUAUUAGACUAUAAUGUGGCUUCAGAGAGGGGAUUGUGUGUGAUUGUGUGUGUGUGUGUGUGAGUGUGUGAGUGUGUGUGUGAGUGAGUGUGUGAGUGUGUGAGUGAGUGUGUGAGUGAGUGAGUGUGUGAGUGAGUGAGUGUGUGAGUGAGUGAGUGAGUGAGUGAGUGAGUGAGUGAGUGAGUGAGUGAGUGAGUGAGUGAGGAAAAGUCUAUGAGUAGGGCAUGAAGACCUCCAUGUUUUGUUGUGUUGUUCUCUACUGUUAGUGUCAGAUAUGCCGCUCUGUUCCAGGAACUGUAAAGUGAUGAAUAUUUUAUCCCUUCACUUUACUCCGAAAGGCCUUGUCAAAAGUGAAAGAAAUGAUUGACACAGUCUUGAAUCUCUAUAUCUUUACUCUUUCUUUCCUUCUGCCUCUUCUUCUCUUUCUUAAAUAUUUGUCUUAACUACAUCCCUGCACACAUUUUCGUGCUGUGUGUCUGCAGUCUGUAUGUCUUUGCUUGAUUGUCAUUAGUGUGGAAAUGUUAACUAUCUUCUUUGUGGUUAGUCCUUUUCCCUCACUCUUUCUUUCUCAGGUGGUUAUUCACAUGUAGCAUGUUACACUAUAGUGAGACACACACACACACACACACACACACACACACACACUUGCUGAUGUCUGUCCUGCAUUCAGCAGUAUAACGAGUGGACAAGAGCUUAUGACUGUCCACUUAUGAAUGGGUUGCAAGUAGCAACUCUUUCUACUGGUCUGGGGUAGUGUUUCAUUAUUUGGACAUCUGCUUUGUCUAACCCCCCCAGACACACACACACACACACACACACACACACACACAUUCAUUUACCUUAUGUGGAUUAAAUGGGUGUUUUUUUCCUGGAUGGAAUAGGAGUCACAUGUUCUUUGACCUCAGAUUAGUGAGACAGACAGAGUCACUGCUUUCAUUUAUAUUUCCCCAUCUCUCUCCCGUUCCCCCCCCCCCCUAUUUUUCUCUCGCCCUCUCUAACCCCCCCUCCUCCGUCUGUCCCCAUACCCUUUAUCCCUAUUCAUUCCUCUCCUCCAUCUCUUUUUUUUAUUCUUUUCAUCCCAUCGCUACUUCCACCCCUUCCAUCCUUCUGUGAUCCUCUCGGUCUUUCUCUCUCUCUCUGUUUUUCUCUUAUUAAAUUAUCAUGGGUGGAUGAGCUCCUCAUUCAUGUUUGCAAUUGACUGACACACACAUACAGAACUCACCCUCGUCAUCUCUCUCUCUCUCAAAGGCACUUAAAUUUUUCUCUCUCUCACCAUCCCUCCAUUCCUCUCAUCUCCCUUCUUUUCUCUAUCCCUAUCUUUUUUUUUUACCCAUCCUGCCUUUCCAUCAUACUCCUCAUUUCGUCCUCACAGUUCAACUGCAGAUUAGCCAAACGCCCCCUGGUGGCCACAUCAUGCUGAUUAAGAUGCAAACUAUUUUUCAUCACAGAGAAUUAAAAGUAUGAAAUAUUGUAUUGUUUUGUAAAUAAACAGUAUAUGCCUGUC